GGGAGGUUGGUUCUUGGUUGCAAUAGCAUUAGAAGAGUAAAAAUAGAAUAAAAUAAAACCAAAUUUGAAGUGAAAAGUUGAAUCAUAGCCGAUGGGUGGAUGAGGGGACGUUCCACAAACGGCCUGAGCUGGUCUGGGUGCAGCCAUGUCUCAUUAAGCGACAGAGUACAGCGGCAGAAGUAAACGGAGAGGCGCCAGACCCGGACCGCUGCUUCUCACCUCCGCCCCCGGGACAUCCAUUCAUCCACACGCCAUCUCUCUUGCUGACAUCAUUCCAACAUGUGAAAGACAACCAGUGACAGCUUCGACGAGCAGUUUGGGGAACUGAACAGGAGACGAUCAGAUACUGAGGAAGAUCUCAAACGGAAACGAUGAGCACCGUCUGCCUCACUCUGCAGGUGCUGCUUCUUUGCAGAUUUCUCAGGGCGCAGCAGCAGCUCAUGCCCGGGUCUUGCAACUUUGAGCUGGGCACCUGUGGCUACACAUCAGACCCAGAGUAUGGGAGCUGGAGCAUGAAUGAAGAAGGACAUUUGAUAACAGUGGACUCAGCCUUUUUGCAUGACCAAAAACAGGCUGUUCUAGUCAGUCCGGUUCUGGACCAACAGGAAUGGAGCUGUGUCAGGCUGGUGUACCAGAUCACUGGACAGGGUUCUCUGCAGCUCCACCUCAGACCGGAUCGCGAUAACUUUGACUACCGGCUCUGGAAUGCCAACAAAUCCUCUGACAGCUGGCUCAUUGCGAGUGUGGACCUACCCAACACCACAAUCCCUUACCGGAUUUUGCUGGAAGGUCGACCGGGAAGUGGCUUUGGGAACAGUGUGGCCAUCUUUGAAAUACACAUUGUUCCUGGUUACUGCAUAGAGUGUAACUUUGAGGAGCAUCACCUGUGUGGGUACAGUAACAGCUGGAACCCAAACGUCAACUGGUACGUUGGGGGGAGUGUGAACAGAGAGCCUGAUUUUAACUUGCCUGGAAACCACACCAACAAUAACCAGAGAGGCCACCACAUGUAUGUGGACUCCGUGUACGCCAAGCACUUCCAGGAAGUGGCCAAGCUGACUUCACCCAUGACUACAGAGCCCAUGGCCGGUUGCCUGUCCUUUUACUACCACAGAGACCAGGAGAGAGGAAACAUUUUCUCAGUUUUCACCCGAGACCAACUGGGCCACUACGAGGAGCUCUGGACACCAGAGGUGUAUGCUACUGCUGGCUGGUCUCUGGUCGGCAUUGACAUCAAGGCCCCACAUCCCCUUGAGGUGGUGUUUGAGGUGGCUUUUAACAGUGCCAGAGGUGGAUAUGUUGCCAUAGAUGACAUCUCCUUUUCCCCUGAAUUCUGCUACACUGACACAGAGCCAUCCUUUGACCCCUCUAUGGCCAACUGUGACUUUGAGGAUGGACUGUGUCUGUACUAUCAGGAGAGAGUGGAGAGUAAGGUGUGGAGCAGAGUUUCAGUCAAGCCUAAUGCCUACAGGAUAGGAGACCAUACAACAGGAACAGGCUGUUUCCUUCUGGCAAACACUCGUUUCACCUCGAGGCCAGGUUAUAUGGGUCGGCUUCAUGGUCCCUUUUUACCGGGGAACCACAAGUACUGCCUAAGGUUCUACUACCUGCUUCAUGGAUUUAAGAAAGCAGACAAUGCUUUGGUUCUUUACAUUUAUGACGAGAACAAUGUGGCACAGGAGAAGGUAUGGAGCCUGGCUGACACUUCCAGGGCUGUAUGGACUAAGGUGGAGAUCACCUACAUGAAACCAAUGCGUUCUAAGUUAGUGUUUGCCAGCAUAUGUAAGAACUUCUGGGAAUGUGGUCUGGUAGCCAUUGAUGACAUCACUGUGAGCCUGGGGGACUGUCGAAUCACAACAGGCUCCUUCUCAGGCCAAUGUGACUUUGAAAGCGGAGUCUGUGGUUACAUCCAGGAGAAGAAAAUAGACAAAGCCGAUUGGCUGCGAGUCCGAGGACACACCCCGACUUCUUAUACGGGACCCAGAGGAGACCACACCACUGGGGUGGGUUAUUUCAUGUACAUUGAGGCAUCACUCAUGCGUCCAGGUCACAAAGCUCGGCUGCUGACCUCUGACCUGCGGGGCUCCUUGUCACCUCAGUGUUUGAUCUUCUACUACCACAUGUAUGGAUCCGGCACCGGGAUAUUAAGCGUGCUUCUGCAUCAUGGCAGCACAGAGCGAGACACACUGCUGUGGAGACGGCGUGGUGAGCAGAGUGUCAGCUGGAUGAGGGCAAUGGUUGACUACCACUGUGAUGUCCGACACCAGAUUAUAUUUGAAGCCAUCCGAGGUCCAUCAUUACGAAGUGAUAUUGCUAUUGAUGACAUCCAUUUUAAAAGUGGGCCAUGUGAAGAUCCUGGUGACAUCACUCCAUACUCGGGCUUCUCAGAGUAUUUCAAUGAGAUUGAGAACUGAGCCCAAGCUGAGGUACUCAACGGCACCCUGUGGAGUUUGCACCAAAAUGCAUUGUGUGUAUCUUUGAGGUCUCAUAAAACACCCUUGAAAUGUAUUGUUGACAUUCAUAUUUACUUGCUAGCAGUCUCCUAAUUCUUCUUCUGCUUUAACAGCAAACAGCAGCAAUAGCAAACAGAAGACAACAAAGGGAAGAAGGUCAUAAACCAGGGAGUACAGUGAUGGUUAUAAACAAAUAAAAUAAACUUAUGAAGCAGUGAAAACAAAGGUCUUUUAGAAUUUAUAAUUUCCUGUCUCGAAUAAAGGCCCUGUUCUCUUUGCAGACCAGAUAAAUAAGAAAGUGUACUACUAUACAGGACUACAUUCUGCACAACCAGUUCAAGAACCAGAGCUAAUUAGUUGGAAACCCCUGAUACACGUCUCUUAUGUUUCAAGUUUGGAGACACAAUUGCAGAGUUUCUGAACCAUUCAAUUCAUUCAUUUAACUCAUUACAUACAUCAUGUGUAUGUAUAAAUAUUGCCAAUCUUUUCCUAUACCAUCCAGGAAUUCAUGAAUUUGAUGUUUGACUCAGAGAGAGAGACUUGAAGAUCACCUCUUCAGUUCAGAGAGGUCAUGGCUCAGCCUAACUGGGCUUUAGGAGUAGGAACUGUCAGACAGUAUAGAAGGGAUGAAACUUUAUAGUGCAUAGUGACACUGGAGCUUGACUGCUUCCGUUACGUUCAUCUGGGAGGAAACAAAGCACACAUGAAAUUUUAAUAAUCUGCAGCAAACCUUCUGUCAUCCUUGUCUAACCUACCUGGACACAUUCUAAUAAUUAGGCUUCUACUGUUGCUCUGUUUGUUCAGUAACUCUGUUAUGUAUAUAUUUGUUUAUAAUAUCAGAUGUUUAGAAAUUAUUUGACGUCAAAGAAAUUGGGAUGCUAAGCUAUGGACAGGUUUAAAAUCUGAAUGCCAAAACAUACAAUUUCUUACAUAUCUCAUCUCAGAGUAUAACUAAAGUUUUGUGUUUUUCCCUACUAAUUUAUAUGAAUAAUUUUGCACUUACAGAUUUUGGUCAUACUUAUUUGAUGAAUCUUGUAUUAUCUGCACAUAAGUACCUUUUAAAAGCAUUCAUUUAGUAAGGUGCUGGAAACCUUCCAUUAGCCAUCCAUUGACAGAUUUUUUCAGUCAUACAUGUUACAGAUCUCUGCAAACACCAGAGUGCUCAGCUGUGCAUGUGCUGUAUUUGUCCACCUGUGCACCACUGUUAACCUUCUGGGGUUUGAGCAAUCGAUAGUUCCGUUGAUAGGACCCUAAAGGGUUAAUAUUUUAUUGUACUCUGGUCUUCCUGUUUUGCUAUUUUGAUUAAAUUCCUCCUUCCUGUUUAUCUUUUCUAUUGUAUUAACACUGUCAUGCAUGAACCUGUCAUGACUGUUUCAGAUGCUGGAACCACCAAUAAACGUCACACUUU